ACAGUAAGGAAAAAUUAGAUUUUUAAUUCCAAAUUUACAGUAAAAACAUAACAUUUUAUAAAACUAAACAAUUGACAUAAUAGUAUAAAAAUAUAAAAAAAAAAAAUUAAAAUACUAUCCGCGCGUAGCGCGGACAAGGACCUAGUAUUUUAUAAUAGUUUUAAAAUUGAUGGACGAUUUUGUGUUGCAUAUCUAUAAUAAUAGAGUCCGUACAUUGAAGAUAAAAACUAAAUGCAAAUGACUUACUUACCUGAGCUUUUAAGAUUUACAUGGCUUAAUUUUGUUUUACAUUUUUGGAAAGUGACUUAGGAAAAAUAUUAUAUAACAAAAAUAAAUACAAUUUAUGAAUUUUCUAGUAGCUUUCAAAUUUAUGGGGAAAAAAUGUUGCAUAUUUCUGAAAAAGCGUCCGCAUAAACGCUAAAGAUAGAAAUUAAAUAUAAACGACAAAUUCGAAAAUAACUUACUUACCUGGUCUUUUAAGAUUUACAUGGAAAGUUUCAUUAUACAUUUUUGGAAAGCGAUUUUUCACAAACAUUAUUAAAAAAAAAAACUAAAUACAAGUUAUAAAUUUAAUAAUAGUUAAAAUUUAUGAAUUUUUGGGGUGAAUUUUUCUAAUAAAAGAGUGUGUACAAACACCAUAAAUUGAAACUAAAUGCAAACUACAAGUUUUAAAAUAACUUGCUAGAUUUACAUUGGAAAAAUAGCAUUAUGCAUUUUUGGAACGUGACUUUGCAGAAAUAUCAUAAAAAUAAAUAAAUAGAAAUUGCAUAUUUAUAAUAAUUUAAAUAUUUAUGGAUUUCUUUUUUUUUUUGCAUUUACAAACUGCUUGGGUAUAGUGGGUUUGAAUAAUAAUAGUGAUUGUCAGUUUUAUAUGUAAAAACAAACCUUAAGAGCAGAAAUUAUACAUGAAAAUGAUGGAUUGCUGUUCAUAUAGAGAAGAUCGUAGGAAAGGCAAACGAUAAAAUGAUGGCUUAUAAAAAAUUUACUCUAAACUCUAAAGUUGUUAUCCAAUCACAAUCAUUAUUUUGUUUUCUUUAUAUACAGAUAUGUCAUUUGCAGCAGAAUAUAGAAAUUGCGGAUUUGUGAACUUUUUUCAACGUUUUGAUUUGACCAUUUUCAAAGUAAAGUAAUAGUAAUAUAUGUGGCAAAGAUAAAAAAGGAAAUCCAAAGGAGGAAACACCUAAUUUUUAUUUUUUCUUUUAUUUUUUGAUUAAGAACACAUGAUUUUCUUCUAUUUGAGUCUGCGUAUAUAUAGGGUAGGACCGUAGGAAGCGUGAGACUGCACCGCCCAUAAACCUUUCGUUUCCAAACACCCUUCUCUUUAUCCGUUGCUCUAGGGGCUUCUUCGUCGUCAUUUCCUCUCUUAAUCUCAGUGAAGCAGGUAUACUUUUCUCCCUUUAAAUCGUUCAAUGCAUGCUAACUAUUUAGUAUGAUUCCAUGCAUAAAUAAAUUAAUGUUGGCGUAUUUUUUUUUCAGUUAUAAAAAAAAAAUUUAAAUGAUGACAAAAGGUAUUUAAAUUUUCCAAGAAAAAAGGGUUUAGUUCUAGGAAAGUAAAAUUUGUCUGAACAAAUUGUCUGGCUUCUGGGAAUGAUAUACUCCCUCUGUUUUAUUAAGUUAGAGGUUUUUAAAAAAAAAAAUUGUUUCACAAGGAUAAUUUUUUUGUAUUUUCUAUGAAAAAAAUUGUGAUCUUCAAAAAAAUAAUUGUAUUAAUUAAAUUAUUAUUAGUUAAAAAUUAUUAAAAAUUAAAAAUAACAGAAAACAAUAUAUUUAUUAUAGUGAUUUAAUGUAUUUUUUAAUAGGUGUGAAAUCACUAAAACAUUUGUCUUUGUGAAACGGAAAGAGUAUGUUAUUAGAGUGGUAAAAUAUCUAUAUCCGAAGAAUUUAACGGAAUUCAAUCUAAAAAAGUUAUACCAAACCAAAAUGGUAUAAUGUUCAGAAUGAAUUCAAAAUUUUAAUAUCUAAAGAAACAUAAUAAAAUCCGAUCCGAACCAAAAUAUUUGACAUCCAAAAAUAUACAUGCUUAAAUAUAUUAAUUAUUUAAAUCUAAUAUGCAUAAAUAUUCAAAAUAUCUAAAAUAAUUGGAGUUAUCCAAAAAAUCUGAAAAAUAUCCAAAAUUAUUCAAAAUAGCCAAAAAUAAAUAUUCGAAAAUAAUCAAAAAAUACUUAAAACACUCGAAAUACAUACCGGAGAGCUCUCCGGUAAAAUAUCCAAAUCAAACCAAUUUUCAUGUCAAUUGAGGUAUUUAGUAAUACAUAUUCAAACUUACUUGUUGCAUAUUACUUUAAUUUUGGAUUUUAAAGAUUCGAAGUACAUUUGAUUUGUUUUUUGUUACAUAAUUUUAAUGGAUACCUUAACCUGAACAAAACACGCAAAAGUUAGAACGAAUACAAACCGAACCCGAAUCAACGUAUGUAGAUACCCAAAAAGGCUUAAAUUUAUAAUCAUUGAAAAUCUAAAACAUGAAUAUAAAUCUGAACCGAACCUGAACAGCUGAACUGAUACCGAACUCCUAAAAGUACAUGUUGUGUUCAUGCUUUUACCAUUACCAUAAAAAAUGUACGUUGAUUCUGUCGUCAUUUCUUCUGACCUUCUGAUUAUUUUCAUGCAGAUAUGGAUUCUCAUGAAGCAAAACGGCUACCACCUCCCCCACCGGUAGUUCCACCAAACCUUGUGCCUGAACGAGAGCCUAUCAAAAAGACCACCCUUCUUCCAAUGGCUCGGCGUGGCAUCGGGUCCGAAGGAGUGAGGACACCUCUUCUUACCAAUCACUUCAGAGUCAACUUCAACAACGCAAAUGGCCACUUCUAUCAUUACAGUGUUACUAUUACAUAUGAAGAUGGGAGUCCAAUGGAGGCUAUAGGUGUUUUUAGGAAGAUUCUUGAAAAGGUCCAGGAAACGUAUCGAACAGAUUUAGGAUCUAAAUACUUUGCUUAUGAUGGCCAUAAGAAUCUGUUCACCAUUGGUGCUCUUCCUAGCAACAAAAUGGAUUUCUUAGUCGUUCUAGAAAACACACCUUCUAGCAGAAACAACACUGGAAAUGCUAGCCCAAAUGACGCGGACAGGAAAAGAUCAAGGCUGCCACACCGAUCCAAGAAGUUCAUGGUUGAGAUAAGCUAUGCUGCAAGGAUCCCCAUGCAAGCUAUUGCAAGCGCUAUUCGAGGAAAGGAAACAGAUAAUAUUCAAGAUGCUACAAGAGUGUUGGAUGUCAUUUUGCAUCAGAAUGCAGCUAGGCAAGGUUGCCUACUUGUUCGCCAAUCAUUUUUUCAUAACGAUGCUCGGAACUAUAUAAACAUUGGUGGAGGUGUAUUUGGUGCUAGAGGGUUCCACACAAGCUUCAGAACUACUCAAAGAGGCUUAUCCUUGAACAUCGACACUUCAACUACAAUGGUAGUACAACCAGGCCCUGUUAUUGAUUUUCUUCUUGCAAAUCAGAAUGUGAAUGACCCAAAGUAUCUCGACUGGAAUAAUGCUAGGCGUGCUCUUAAGAAUCUGAGAGUUAAGGUUGUCCCCUCAAAUAGAGAGUGCAAGAUAACUGGACUAAGUGAAGAGCGCUGCAAAUAUCAAAUGUUUACUAUGAAUUCUAAAAACGAGAAGGGGGAUGUUCAGAUUACGGUGUACAAUUACUUCACCGAGAUUCGCGGUCUCAAACUGCGAUAUUCAGGUGACUUUCCUUGCAUCAAUGUUGGUAAGGCAAAUCGCCCAAAUUACAUCCCCAUUGAGCACUGUGAACUUGUGAGUCUACAGCGUUACACAAAAUCGCUUAGUAGUUUUCAGAAGGCUUCUCUGGUAGAAAAUUCUAGGCAGAGUCCACCUGAAAGAAUGGCUUCACUAACCAAUAGUAUGAAGAAGAGCAACUAUAACGCUGACCUUGUGUUGCAAGAAAGUGGUGUCAGCAUUGGCUCUAGCUUCAUCCAAGUGGAGGGUCGCGUUUUACCAGCGCCAAGGCUGAGAAUAGGCAAUGGAGAGGAGUUUCAACCUCGCAAUGGGCGUUGGAACUUCAAUAAAAAGAAACUUGUUGAGCCAGUCACGGUUACUAGAUGGGUUGUUGUGAACUUCUCUGCUGAAUGUGAUACAGAUAGGAUAAUUUCUGACUUGAUUAGAUGUGGACAGAUGAAAGGAAUGGUAGGCUUUCUUUUGAAUCAUUACUUGACUAUUCAGAAACUCAAUCAUAUGCACUACUACUCUUUAUCAUCCUUCCCUUAUUAUUUGUUUUUUUUCUUUCAGAACGUAGAACCUCCAUACAAAGUCGUAUUUCAAGAAGAUCCUAAUUAUAGGGGUGCACCAGCCAAUAUCAGAGUAGAAAAGAUGUUUGAGCAGAUCCAAUCUGAACUCAGAAAAGAAGGAAAGCCAAAAUUCAUUCUUUGCAUUCUUGCCGAAAAGAAAAACUCUCUUGUUUAUGGGCCUUGGAAGAAGAAGAAUCUUAUUGAACAUGGAAUUGUUACUCAGUGUAUUGCUCCUCCAAAAAACGUAAAAGAUCAAUAUAUCACCAAUGUUCUUCUCAAGAUAAAUGCCAAGCUUGGUGGACUGAACUCCCUGUUAGCUAUGGAACGCUCACGAGCAAUGAUGCCUUUAGUAACGCAAGUUCCUACCUUCAUUGUUGGGAUGGAUGUAUCCCAUGGUUCCCCUAACCAGGCUGACAUACCAUCAAUUGCUGCGGUUGUGGGCUCCAGAGAAUGGCCUCUCAUCUCAAAAUAUAGGGCUUGUGUGCGCACACAGUCUCGGAAAAUGGAAAUGAUUGAUAAUCUCUUCAAACUUGUCCCCAACGAAAAGGGAAAACUAGUAGAUGAAGGAAUUUUCUGGUUUGACUACUCUCGUGUUGUGUUCAUAGCUUGUGGCAGUGGCUUUUGUCAUAUUAAUGAGAAACUUUAUGCGCUUUUCAGGGAGCUCUUGUUCGACUUUUACACAAGCUCGGGGAAGAGGAGACCUGAACACAUUAUCAUUUUCAGGGAUGGUGUGAGUGAUUCACAGUUCAAUCAAGUUCUCAACAUUGAAUUGGAUCAGAUUAUGCAGGCAUGCAAGUUUGUUGAAGAAAAUUGGGAACCCAAGUUCACGGUGAUCAUUGCCCAGAAGAACCAUCACACCAAGUUCUUCCAGGAUAGAGGCACUGAAAAUGUUCUUCCAGGAACAAUAGUUGACAGCAGGAUCUGUCACCCACACAACAAUGACUUCUAUCUCUGUGCCCAUGCUGGAUUGAUUGGAACUACAAGGCCAACGCAUUACCAUGUGCUUUAUGAUGAGAUUAGAUUUUCGACAGAUGACCUGCAAGAACUUGUGCAUUCUCUAUCAUAUGUCUACCAGAGGAGCACCACUGCCAUCUCUGUCGUUGCACCUAUUUGUUAUGCUCAUUUGGCGGCUGCACAGAUGGGAACUGUGAUGAAAUUUGAGGAUAUGUCUCUGUCUGAGAGAUCAUCAAUCCAUGAUGGGAUCACGAGAUCUGGAGAACCACCUGUGCCACCCAUGCCAAUGUUGAACUCGGAUGUUGCAAGCUCCAUGUUCUUCUGCUAAAGGAAACAUGCAGCCCGCCGCUUUUAAAUUUUCUUUGCUUAUGAACAACAAAACUUUAAAUUCCCCUUAGACUCUUCUUUUAUUAUAUGAUGAUACUCUUGACGCUUCUUUGAGAGUUUUGCUGGGCUUUGUUGGAGUGAAUGCUUUGAUCAAAGCGGUAUUUUGAGACAUUAUUAGUGUCGUUUCAUCUAUUCUACUGUUUAACUUUGUU